ACGGUGUACCCAUUGGAUUUUGAUUGAAUCUGGGUUUUGCCAAGUUUUGGUAGGAAGUACUACUUUGGAGCUUGAAGAAGAAGAGGGUCAAACGAAAAUGGGGAUUCUCAGAGACAAACGAACCUCCCCUUCUCCUUCUCCUACUUCUACAUCUCCUUGUGCUGAUCUCAAAACUGCCUACAAUAAUUGCUUCAACAGGUGGUAUGCGGAGAAAUUUGUCAAGGGUCAAUGGCAAAAGGAAGAAUGUGUUGUUGAGUGGGAGAAAUACAGAGAAUGCCUUUCUAAACAUUUGAAAGAUAAGCAAUUAAGUAGAUUUCUGGAAGUUGAAGCUAGUCGGAUUCCGUUACCAGCAGAUCGAAUCAAUAGGAAGAGUUCAGUUGAUGGUGCUUCAAUGGGUGACACCGGCGCCAUGUAAUGUAAUGAUUUCUUGUUGUAAAUACUGAUGCUUAGUUGCUAACAAACUUGAAAGUCAAGCUUUACUUUUACAUUGAUCGGAAACAUAUGUGAUGAACUAAUUUCGUCGAAAGUAUGAAAUCUUGUUCUUGUUAGAAUGCUGUCUAGAGGAUGAUACAACAUAAUUUUAAUGGAAUGAUAACCUUGAUUGAUGUGGCUA